UACUCUUACAAUCAUUCAGACAUAUACCACGAAUAACAUCAUACCCAUCAUCUUUUCAUAUUGUCAAAAUGGCUUCAACAAACAACAAUGCUAAUGGAGAUGCCACGUAUGUUCCCAAAUCUGGUUUACGUGCCCCAUAUCCUGCUAUUGAACCUUACAAGACAGGCACCUUAAAGGUUGAUGAUUUACACGAGAUCUAUUGGGAAGCAAGCGGUAAUCCUGAGGGUGUUCCUGCCGUCUUCUUGCAUGGAGGCCCCGGUGGUGCAACUUCCGUAAGCGAUCGUCAAUGGUUCGAUCCAAAGCAUUAUGCAAUCUAUUUGUUCGAUCAACGUGGAUGUGGUAAAUCCGUACCACAUGCCGAUUUGACAAACAAUACAACUUGGGACAUCGUCAAGGAUAUCGAAAAAUUACGCGAACACUUUGGUCAUGAAAAAUGGCAUGUAUUCGGUGGAAGUUGGGGAAGCUGUCUCUCUUUGGCAUACGCUCAAGCUCAUCCUGAUCGUGUACUCUCGCUCACCUUGCGUGGAAUUUUCACUUUGCGUCGUAGUGAAUUGGAGUUCUUUUACCAAAAUGGAUCUUCACACAUCUUCCCUGAACAAUUCGAGCCAUACUACGAGCACAUUCCUGAAGAGGAAAAGAGUGACUUGAUUGCUGCUUACUAUAAACGUCUAACAAGCGAUGACAAAGAAGCUCGUUUACAAGCCGCAAAAAGAUGGACUCGAUGGGAAAUGUCAACCUUGCGUUUGUACUCCAACGAAGAAGUUAUCAAACGUGCAGAUGUGGAUGAUUAUGCAGUCGCUUUUGCUCGUAUCGAAUGUCAUUAUUUCGUCAAUGCAGGUUGGAUGGAAGAUGGUCAAUUACUCAAAAAGGAAAACGUUGACAAAAUUCGUCAUAUCCCAGCAACGAUCAUUCAAGGUAGAUAUGAUGUCGUUUGUCCGGCUAAAACUGCAUAUGAUUUGCACAAAGAAUGGCCUCAAGCUGAUUAUUAUCUCGUUCCCGAUGCUGCCCAUGCAUCAGGUGAAUUGGGUAUUGCUCAUCAACUCAUUACAGCUACGGAUAAAUACCGUAGCAUCAAAGCUUGA